AUGAGGAGCACUGGGGGAUGGGUGGUGCUGGUGGCGGCGAUGUGGGUACGUGGGACUGUGAGGAUGCAGAGAUGUGGGGAUAAAAGCUGUCUAAAAGACACAGCGCUGCAGGAAGAGCUGCCGACGAGAUGGCUGGCAACAAAAGGCACGUCAUGCCAGGAUGCGGAUGCGGAUGCGGAUGCGGACGGCUGCCUCUGCUCCAGAAACAUUGUUGCUAAUUGCACAGAAACCACCACGAUGCACAGCAGCACCCUAUCACCCCGGGCUCCACUGCAAGUGAUGGGUGUGAUGCCUGAUGCCUGA